AUGCACCAAGAAAUUCCUGAUUUGGACGCAAAUUCUUCUUAUUAUUAUUAUUCGGGGCUAGAUUUCCUUUCACAGGAAUACUCAGAAGAAAAUUUUCGGCUUAUCACUUAUAAAUCUCAUCUUCCCCCCAUAGACCUAGUCCGUCAGGACGCAAAUUAUUCUUAUUGUUCGGGGCUGGAUAUCCUUUUGAGGUCACAGGAAUUCUCAGAAGAAAAUUUUCGGCUUAUCACCCGCCCACCGUAUAAAUCUCAUCUUCUCCCCAUAGAACUAGUCCAUCAGGGUACUCGGUUGAGCAAGUCACGUUCCCGCAAAGAAGGUCAGCCUCCACGUCCUCAAAAUGGUUUCAUCAUCUUUAAAAAGGACUUUGAUGCUAGAAGGCGGAGUGUGCCUAGUGAUACCAAAGUCGAUAGUAAAGUUAUGAGCAAACUGGCUGCAUUUAUUUGGCAUUCAGAUGAGGGUUUGAGAAAGUAUUUCAAUCUAUUAGCCAAACUUGCUCUUCAAAUUCAUAAAGAAUUAUAUCCAGAUUACGAUUACAAACCAAAGAAAUGCGUAGUCGUAAAAGGAAGUCAACAAGCAAAACCGCUGCGUAUCAGACAGUACACUGGACCAUAUGACAAAGGAGCGAAAAGAAAAGGGAAAAAUGCCGUUCGAAACCAAGAAAGUGGUGGGACUGUCUAUCAAGAAUUUAGAGUCGAAGAUACUUAUGAGGACCAGUACAAUUUUCUGAAUGCGAUGGGUUUGAGUAUGGAUAUCCUCAGACUUUUGCCGGUGACUUGA